UGAGUGUCACAUGACUCGCUCAGGUCACGUGAUAAAAUGCCAGACAAAUAAAAGUCGAAGCAGAGGGCAGUGUUAUAUAUCCACUCCACCGGUUCCAAUUUUACUCUGAUAUCUUCACUGGUAUCGUGAAAACACGCUCAAGAAAGUCUUUCAUGGGUUUGCAGCUGGAAAUUUAAAGAGUUAGUUUUGUGGAUCAACAAUCACACACAGAAUGGUGCUUGCGGUUGUCCUCGUGUUUUUAUGUGGGUGUCUGAAUGUGUGUGGUGCUCUGAUUUGUCCUGAUGGAGGGAUGUGUGAAGAUGGAAACACCUGUUGUCAAAUGCCAUCAGGAGGAUACGGCUGCUGCCCACUACCCAACGCAGAGUGCUGCUCCGAUCACUUGCAUUGCUGUUAUCAGGGCACUCUGUGCGACUUGGUACACUCCAAGUGUGUGAACAAGACACACGUUUUAGACUGGGUUGAAAAAGUCGCCACAAAGCAGCAAGCAGUAAUUUGUCCAGAUCAGUUCUCUGAGUGUCCCGAUGACACCACCUGCUGCCAGAUGCCUGAUGGGAGCUGGGGCUGCUGUCCUUUGAAGGAUGCUGUGUGCUGUGAAGAUAAGCAACACUGCUGUCCUCAGGGAACUACAUGUGACCUCAUCCAUUCAAAGUGUGUGUCUGCAACAUACGGACCCUCCCCACUCUGGAGGAAGUUCGCUGCCCGUCGCAGGACACCAUCAGAUAGGAAAGCAGUAUCUCCACCUAAAGACUCCAGUCAUAUUAGAGAUUUGAUCUGUCCAGAUGAGAUUUCCACAUGUCCGGAUGAUACCACAUGCUGUAAACUAGAUACCGGAAGUUACGGAUGCUGCCCGAUGCCAAAGGCUGUGUGUUGUUCUGAUCAUGUGCACUGCUGCCCAGAGGCCACAACUUGUGACCUUGCUCAUAGUACGUGUGUGUCAGCCAAUGGCGCCAUGGUAAAAAUGGCCACUAAGAUCCCAGCCAGUUCCCUGAAGCAGAAAGAAACGGUAGUUCCCUGUAAUGAAACGGUAGCGUGCGCCAGUGGUACCACCUGCUGUAAAAGACAAGAUGGCACCUGGGCUUGCUGCCCUUUACCAAAGGCGGUGUGUUGUGAGGACCAUACCCACUGCUGUCCGGAGGACACGGUGUGUAACCUCGCAGCGGGCACCUGUGAUGACCCUGCUGACCUUUCAGAGUCUGUACCCUGGAUGGCAAAGGUGUCCAGCUUUCCAGUAGCUUCAUCCAUUCAGAAAUGUGAUGAGACGUCUUCAUGCCCUGAUGGUUCCACCUGCUGCAGACUCUCAUCUGGAAAAUGGGGCUGCUGCCCUCUGCCACAAGCGGUGUGUUGUAAGGAUGGAGAUCACUGCUGUCCUAAAGGCUACACAUGCAAUGAGAAGAAAACGUCUUGCUCUAAAGUCUACCAUGAGAUCCCUUGGUUCACAAAACAAGAGGCCAGGGUCCUGAAGGGGUCCGAGGUGACGUUUGGAGCUGAAGAUGUGAAGUGCGACUCGACGACCAGCUGUGCAUCUGGUUCUACCUGUUGUAAAUUACCCACAGGGCAGUGGGGCUAUUGCCCUCUUGUCAAGGCGGUGUGUUGUGAGGAUCACGAGCACUGCUGUCCACAGGGCUAUACCUGCGACCUCGAAUUUGGGACCUGUGUAAAAGCGUCCGGUUUGCACAGUGUUCCUCAGACACACACUGACACGCGUUCAGAAGAGGAGGUGCUGUGUGAUGCAUCCACACGCUGCUCAAAGACACAGAGCUGCUGUAGACUACCAGACUCCACAUGGGCCUGCUGCCCAUAUAAAGAGGCAGUCUGCUGUGAAGACAUGAAGCACUGUUGCCCUGUGGGAUACAAAUGUGACCCAGAAGUCCAAGGCUGCACUAAAGCCUCCACAUCCAUGUGGUGGGAAAAUGCUCUUUAAAUGAAGAAUCACAAACUGACACUGAGCUACAUUCCCAUAAUACAAAUCUACAUACAUAAACGCACACACUCUAGCGCUCCGACUCGCUACAUGUUGCAUAAAGCAUUGUUUCUAAGAGUCAAUCUCUAGACAGGGGACUAUGAAUCUAGCUUGUUUUUUUUUGUUUAGUGUUUUUACUGGAAUAAAAAUGUGCUGAAUCUUAUAUUUAGGCAGGAUACACUGAGAGACUUUAGAAGUGAUUUGCCCAAAACGUAAGUGAUAAUUGGAGGCUAAAUGACACAUUAUAAUAUCAUAAAUGUUAGUAAGAUGUUUAUUUGCUAUUUUAAAUUGCAUUACAGUGAUUAUAAUGACACAAACAACCCAUAAGUGAGAAAUGCUACUGAGAUUCAAAACCGAAUGUAUCUCCAUUGAACUAAAUCUACAGCUGAACCACAAAAUAAAUGUGACCCUUUAUUUUCAGUGUUUGUUCAUACUCUAAACCUGAUUGGAACAAUGAAUUAAUGGAUCUCGCCAACCCUCUACGUCUAUAAUUUACUUGGAGGCUGUUGCAUGAAGGGUUCAUUCAACUUUGUUUGCUUUUUCCAUUGCUUCUAAGCCUUCAUAUUAAAGUGUCAUCCUCAAUUGCUGUUGGUGCUUUUUGUUUUGUUUAUUUUUAUCAUUUUAAUAUUUACUGAAGGGUGAAACGAAUCUUGUUGGUUCACCUGUGACCAGUUUUUUUUUUUUUUAAGUGGAUUUGUUUAUUGUUGGUUAAUUAAACACUGACAUUAAAUACUUUUGAAAUAAAUGG